CACCCGUAAACUGCGCACAGGCAUGCGCACGCGAACCCGCGAAAACGAAAGUGACAGGUGAUACCUUACUAGACUGUGUCAUUGUGAUUGUGAACUGAAGGAGCAGUGACCGGAGCUGUGAUAUCCUGUAACAGUUGCUACCGUAUCUGAAAACACCUGGGAAGGUUUUCAUACACAGCUUCAAUAAAUAUAUGAAACCAAGAUAAUAUUCUGCCGCUGGACUACUGGACUGUGAAUAUGAAGAGGCUCAGGCUAUUGCUGGCGAUCGCGACGCUCCUUAUAAAGGAUGCAACAUGCGAGCCACCUGUAGAUUCAGCAUCGUUACCUUUGGAACAUCGAGGUGGAGGCGGUUAUGGGCCUCCUCUAUCACCUGCGCACUCGGACGAUCCAUGGCCGCUCGCAACGCCAGACAGCCCUAAAAUAAAACAUCUCCAAGUGCAGUGCGAGAAGACACAUAUGCGUGUCAACAUCGAGUUCGAUCGUCCCUUCUACGGCAUGAUAUUUUCCAAAGGAUUCUACAGUGACCCCCAUUGUAUGCAUCUUAAACCUGGCACGGGACACCUAAGCGCAACUUUUGAAAUCUUCCUAAAUAGCUGUGGUAUGUCGAGUUCAGCGAAUCACAAUGUAGCUACUUACGGAAGUCCAACACCCAGCGGCUCAUACGUCGAAAACACCAUUAUUGUCCAAUACGACCCCUACGUUCAAGAAGUAUGGGAUCAAGCACGAAAAUUGCGAUGCACUUGGUAUGACUUCUACGAAAAAGCCGUUACUUUCAGACCGUUCCAAGUUGAUAUGUUGCAUGCAGUUACGGCUAACUUUCUCGGCGACAACUUGCAAUGUUGGAUGCAAAUACAAGUCGGAAAAGGACCUUGGGCGUCAGAGGUAUCAGGAAUUGUAAAAAUAGGACAAACGAUGACAAUGGUACUUGCAAUUAAGGACGACGAAAAUAAAUUUGAUAUGCUCGUACGCAACUGUGUAGCUCACGAUGGAAAAAGAGCACCGAUACAAUUGGUCGAUCAAUAUGGUUGCGUUGUCCGACCCAAGAUCAUGAGUAAGUUCCAGAAAAUAAAGAAUUUCGGUCCUUCUGCAUCAGUUGUUUCUUUCGCUUAUUUCCAAGCUUUCAAAUUCCCCGACUCGAUGAAUGUACACUUCCAAUGUGUAAUUCAAGUAUGCAGAUACAAUUGUCCUGAACCGAAAUGCAACCUCGGUGCCGAUUACGGUGUUCCUCUUCUUGGUGGCAAUUCAUUAAGUGCAGGAGAUUAUGGGGUUCCUAACUCACCACAUGCAGAAUAUGGUCCACCGCCGGCUCCUCAUUCGGAAUAUGGUGUGCCUCCGGCGUUCCCUGACCCACGACAUCCAGCGGAUGCCACUGGGUCGUUUUCGGAAAAACGCGAUGACGCCGUUCCACCACCCCAAGCGCAAGUUUCUUCAACUCCUAACGCACCUAGUCCUUCAUCACCAGCUCCUGCUCGCGAAGAAGAUGAGGUCAAUCUACCACCUCCGCCACCUCCAGGCCGCCGCGGAGUAUAUAACACCGUCAAAAGAAAAGACGAAGGUCACGGCAAUCUUGCGACUUUAGGAGGACGUCCACGGUCAGUGGAGGACCUGCCAGAAAGACUCGUAGGUGUAAGGAGGCGGCGUGAAACAUCCACAGCGACACGAAUCUACAAGCGUGAUGCUCAAGAGAUGACCGAUGUGAAUACAAGUAGAAUAAUCCAAGUGGUCGCCCCGGGUGAUGUUAAUUUCGCAUUGAAUAAUGCAUCAGGCAACGAGACAGUGGUUAUACAGUCUCCAGCUACCGAUCCGGAGACGAUAUGUAUGUCAGUGCCGUCGUUCGUAGCUGGUCUGGUGAUGUUAUUAUUAGUGCUGGUGGUAUCAUCCCUGGUCGCUGCGUUCCUUUUCGUGCGUAUUCGAGCGCUCGAUAGGAAAGGUUCACAUGGAGCUGCGGCGUACUAUGAAACGGAUUACGUGAAGCACACAAAUUAGACGCGGAGCGUGCACGUGUGACGCGAGGACGUUACAUAAACUCUUCUCGGAUCCAAAGAUCAAAAGAUCUUCGGCCCCGGCCGGACGGCGUCGAUGCUGUCGCGGUCGCGAUCGAAGCAAGGUGACAUGUGACUUUAUUUAUUUAGUGAGUGUGAUGUAUAUGUUCGACUGUUGUUUUGUAAAUUAUUUUAUUCGUGUGAAAAGCACCUGUACUGCCUUUAUAGUCGAUACGUCUGUUGUAAUUUUGUAAAGAGUCGUAAGUAAGGUUAUAGAGAUAAGGAAGAUGUAUACCAAUUAAAAGUGUCGCGUGAGUAAAACUUUGUUUUCACUGAAUUCAAGAAUAUCCUAAAAAGUCGUGA